CAGAAAAAACCAUCCAUUUUCCUUCCUUCUCUCCCUCCCUCUCCUUCCCUUCCCUCACUCUUCUCAGAAACACCCCCCCUCUCCCUCUCACAGCCUGGGACACCUGUUCUACCGUAAUUCCAAAUUAAGAAAAUUCUUAAAAAAUAUUUCACAAAAACCAAGCUUCCAAAAAAACAUUGAAAACCCUUAAUUUUCAAACCAGUUUUUCUUGUCUCUCCGUCUUUCUUUUCUUUUCUUCCUCUUUCUUCUCUGUCUAUAUAUAUACACACACGCUUCCCUCCAUCACAGAGUGGAUGCCGGAGCCAAAAAAAUAGCAUCCCACGUUUCUCCUUCAUCUUCUUUAAUUUAUAUUUAAGUUUCCCAUAUUUUCUUUCCUCUCUUUGUCUGUCUACAAUUCUUGAAUCUUUCUUUUAACUUUCUUUAACGUACACCAAAAGAAAGGAUAAUAGUUACUCGUUAAAGGGAGAGAAGGAAGGAUAAUAUGGGAGCCUGUGCCACCAAGCCUGAGGUGUUGAAGGAGGGUGAGACUCCUGAGCCUGCCAAGGAGGAAGUUGUGGUGGCAACAGGUGGUGAUGUUCAGGUUGAAGAUAAGGUUGUCGCUGUGGAUGAAGAGGAAAAGAAAGUCGUUUUUGAGAAAGAUAUUGGUGAUGCUGGCGGUGAUAAGGUGGAGGAGACUGAGAUUGUUGAUGACAACAAGAGACGAUCUCUAAGUAAUUUGUUCAAGGAGAAUGAAAAAGGGAAGGAGCCAAAAGAAAGUGACAAGGCACCAGCAGAACAAGAGAAACCAGAAACUUCAGAAACUAAAAAACCUACUGAGCCAGAAGUGCCUAAAGAAGAACCAUCAACAGUGAAGGAAGAACCUGUAGUGGUAAUUGAACCAAAAGAUGUAAAUGCUCCUGUAAAGGUAGAGACAGAGAAAGUAACAAGUGAAGUCAAACCAGAAACUUCAGAAACUAAAAAACCUACUGAGCCAGAAGUGCCUGAAGAAGAAUCAUCAACAGUGAAGGAAGAACCUGUAGUGGUAAUUGAACCAAAAGAUGUAAAUGCUCCUGUAAAGGUAGAGACAGAAAAAGUAACAAGUGAAGUCGCAGCAGCAGCAGCAGAGCCCAAAACUACUGAAACAUUAGGGGAGAAAAAACCUGUGGAGACUGAGACUAAAACUACUGAAACAGUAGGGGAGAAAAAACCUGAAGAGACUCCUUGAGGUCUUGGAAGUAAUGUCAAAAGUGUGAUUUUAGCUAUAGAUCUUGACACUUCAGGGUAAAGGCUGUGAUGUGGUGGUUGCCAUGGUACUUUCGCUGCUGCUUUUGUGAGUCUGUUUCUCUUGUUUUCUCACACAUCGAUUUUUCUUUUCAUUUCAGCUUGUUUGACAUCUUUAUAUCUCCAUGAGGAAGGAUUGAUUUAUUAAUUUGUUAGAUUAUAUAUCAACAUAGAUUGUUUUAUGCA